AUGCUUAACGGUAGUACCAUCCAUCCCCCGAUGGCGGACGCCCGGGUCGGCAUGGACGGGGCGGACGGGGGAGCCGCCCUUAACCUAACCGAGACGGAGGUGGUGAUGGAACUGAUUGGAAAUUUUCUCAACUUCUACUACAUGCCGCUGCUGGUGGUGGUGGGCAGCAUCGGGAACAUUCUGUCGGUGCUGGUGUUCUUCAACACGAAGCUGAAGAAGCUGUCGUCGUCGUACUAUCUGGCCGCGCUCGGGAUCAGCGACACGUGCUAUCUCGUCGGGCUGUUCGUCACCUGGUUGAGCUUCUUUCAGGUGCACAUCUACACGCGCGAACCGUACUGCCAGCUGUUCACGUACACGAGCGGUGUCAGCAGCUUCCUGUCCGUCUGGUACGUAGUGGCCUUCACGUUCGAGCGCUUCAUCGUCGUGCGGUACCCGCUCAAGCGGCAGAGCUGGUGUACGGUGCGGCGGGCGAAAACUAUCAUCGCCUGCCUGACGAUGGUGGGCAGUGUGCACAGCGUACCGUACAUCUUCUACGCCGGCACGCAGUACUCCGAGCGCAGCAACGUCACCAUCUGCGAUAUGCGAAAGGAGUACACGUCACAAAUGGAAAUUUUCAACUACAUCGAUACGGUGAUAGUGUUUGUCGUCCCGUUCACCAUCAUCGUCGUCCUGAACUCCGUCACCAGCUUCACCGUGUGGCGUUUCGCUGGCUUGCGCCGUAACAUGACCCUGCCCAAAAGAAAACCAUCGAAUUUAGAAAUACGAAGGCAGCUAAGCUUCCAGUACUUUUCGACUCAUCCCAACGGGCGGAAUGGCAUUUUGAGGCGAUCCAGCAUGAGAGAAAACCGGAUGCUGCACUCCCAGAUGAAGGUCACCAAAAUGCUACUCAUCGUGUCCUCGGUGUUUGUGUGUCUCAAUCUGCCGAGCUACGUCAUGCGCGUUCGUGCAUUCGUCGAGACGGGCCAUUCGUAUCUUACCGUGCUGGUGCAGUACUAUUGCUACUUGUUCUUCAUCACCAACUUCGGCAUCAACUUCAUACUGUACUGUAUCAGUGGACAGAACUUUAGGAAGGCUGUGAUAGAAAUGUUCCGACGGCAUCGAAAGGGUCGAGUAAAUCAGGACCCGAUCAGCGGUUGCGGUACUCAAUCAGAACUUUUGCGCGCAUACGGCAACCUAGCACUGAGACGCACCAGCACCCCGAUGCUGUCUACCACGACCACCACCACCACAAACCGCACGGCGGAAACAGUGCUGUGGAAGGAUUACGCGGACCCACCGGUUAUGAACCUUCCCUGA